CUAACACAGGCCAUCAAGCCUCCUGUCCUUUCCAAACUGAAACUGAGAUAGCACGUGCUGUUUUUCUUCGCUUACGGUUGUAGACUUUUCUUAGGAUCUACCCAAAGAAUCAAUAAAAGGGAAAAUACAUUGGAAAAUAGGGGGAAAAUAAUGCGGAAAUGCGACAAAAUGUCUGCUUAUUCGCAUGUACGGGGGAAAUAAAGCGCUCUGUUUCAAAUGUCGCUAAAUUGUCUAUUUUUCGCCCUAAUGUAUAAAAAAUUUCACAUCACCAUAGUCAUAAAGAAUUCUUUUAGACGACCAGGAUGUCGCUUAGCUGUCACCUCUGGCAUGCAGUGUGACAAAAGCAAAUUUUGGUUCCACGAUGCAUUCACAGAUCCUACAGUAACCGCUUACGACACAUGUAAUAAGUCGGGUCGUAGGUGGGUCUAAGGCACGUGAAACAUCGAUGCUGAGCACUAUCAUCAUUCUCCUGGCAGGUCUGUGGAAGGAGUUGCCAGUAAACCUGAAAAAGGUAGUCCUAAAACGAGUAGACAGGCAAUGACACGCAGUGAAGUAAAGAGGGACCUCAAAAAUGCUAGUAUAGACGGGACAUGCAUCGAUACCAGUGAGGACAUGCUGAAGCUUAGCACCAUUAUAACAUCGACAACACUAGACUCCCUCAGCAAACUUGGGUCUUCUAGCACAGGAUCCCUGAAUGCAACAGUGGUCCCCAAAAUUCCUGUGCGCGGUCGGACCCCCAUCAAAAAUGACCGGGUGCCACUGUCUAUAAAGCUGAACAAUUCAGGUAUUAUAGUGAAAUCAAGUGGUGAUCUGGCUGUACAGUUUACUCCCAAGACUACAGCCAGUUAUCAGAGAAUCUGGAACGCGCUUCAUUUACCAAACAAAAAGUUUCAUCUUGAACGUACCCGGAAACCUGAGAAGACGAUCACAGUUCGCGAUGAUUUCCUUAUAAACAUGAACCUUAAAGACAGCUCCGACCUUCUCCCUCAAUCGGCAGAACAAAAAUGACAGAAUGCUCUAAGAAGAGUCAAACAGAAAGUUCGAACUUCCCAAUAUAGAGCCUCCGAUGGUCACAUGGCUCACUCGAGGAAAGGACUCCAAGCAUCAAAACCACUCAAGGCUACUUCGCGUAGUGCUCACAAAGGCUACCGACGUAGAGGAUGUUUUACUGCCUAGUCAUUUACUGAAAUUAGAUGGGAAUGUAAGAAUACUGCCUGAUAUACUGCAUUCUGAGAGCAAUCUCACCAGCACCAUUCCUAAGGAAUCUCGCGCCUUCUUGCGUAGAAUAUAUUUGGCUGAUAAACUUACCGACAUUCAAACCAAACUUAAAAUAUCUAAUGUAACUAGCAUUCUCCAUUUGAUGAGUUCUUAAGUAGACAUUUUUCAUAAGAAGUUAGUGUUCUGUGUCAUGAACUGUUAUUGUUAUAGUCAUCCGAAUAACAAUGACUAUCUAGGAGUCAAUGCUUCACCUCUGAAUUCGUGUAUUUAUUAACUUUUCAGUUUUACUAUAGACAUUCUAAGUAUGGUUAAUUUAAUAAUAGAUUUUUCAUUUCGUCACUCGAAAUUGUCAUAUAUGACGCUUAAAGCAAAAAGAGGAUUCAAAACUGCAUUGUAAAAAAACUAAGAGGUUGGUGAUAAAUGGAAUAAAGCAUGAUUUUAGGGCGGAUUCAUAUUGUACGACACUCUAUAUGUAUGAUAAUUGAUAGAAGACGUAAAUUUCAAGCAAAUGUUUGACAACUUUUCUAUUCACUAAUACCUCUUGAGACUGCUUGCUAGACAAGAGUACGGGGAAACACGAGUCAAAUGUUAAAAUUUUUUAAUCAUUAGACACUUCCUGAAAUAUAUUUUGAUUGCCAUAUACAGUCACUUUUGAGGCCACAUGGCGUCAAGUUUGCUAAAAGAUUGCGUUAAAUACUUUCACACGAAGAACUUAUAUGAAGUCUUAGGAGUGACUAAGAAGUGUGAAAAAACUGAACUUCGUAAAGCUUUUUACAAAUUGUCUUUACUUCAUCAUCCUGAUCGCCAUGACAAUGAUUCAAAGUCAGAGGCGACAAAACGUUUUCAAGUGCUAUCUAGAGUCUAUUCGUACAUGGAAGAUGACGAGAAACGUAAAGUCUAUGAUGAGACAGGUGUUAUCGAUGAAGACGAUGAGAUUACAGGCAAAUCAUUUGAUGAUUGGGUUAAAUACUGGCAACUUUUGUUCCCGAAAGUCACAACUAAACUAAUAGAUGACUACUGUAAAAAGUAUAAAGGAAGUGAACAGGAAACGGAAGAUUUAAUCAGAAUCUACAAUCGUUCUAAAGGUGAUAUGGAUGUUAUAAUGGAGUCUUUAUUGCUCACGUCAUAUCGAGAUGAAACUCGAGUUCGUGGUCUUAUUGACAAAUUGAUAUCUAGUGGUAAAAUUGAUGCAUAUACGAAGUACACACAUGAAAAACCUGAGAAAGCAGCGAGAAGAGCUAAACGAGCGCUAGAAGAAGAAAAGCUGUUUGCAAAGGAACAGAACAAGAAAAACAAAAAACAGAAAGUUGAUGUUAAUGAAGGAGAUUUAGAUACAUUGGCUAAGGCAAUUCAAGCACGACAUGAAAAUGCACUAAAAUCAUCAGAAAACUUUCUGGAUAAGAUUGCACAGAAAUAUAGUUCAAAGCAACAGUCGCCAUCUAGGAAAAAGCCUACUAAAACUUCAAAACCUUUGAAGAAAAAGAAAUAAUUACUAGCUUGAUUUAAAAAAAAUGUAUUUUCUUAUUCGAAAUAUUUGAAAAUAAGAUACAUUAUGAACAAUUACAAUUUCACGACUGUUUCUGACUUUCUACUCUCUGUGGAAUGAAACAAAAAACAAAACGUGUAACAAAAGAUUAUAGCAUUUUAGUGUGAAAUAAGGUAAAUAUCUUAUGAAAGACAUUUUCACUAAAGGUAAAUUAUCAAUUUGUUGUUAAAAUGAGAACUUUGUCAUUACGACUUUGGACUAUUUGAUUACUUCGCAUAUCAUUUGAUACAGUCCCAACUUGUUAUAGGUAUAUUGUCAACUUGAUUUUUCCAAAGGAAAGAAAAAGGAUGUAGUCGCAAUCGGGUAACUUUAUAUAGUUGACACUACACCAUGAAUAUGGCUUUUAUACUUCGGAUCAUUUGUUCACAAGUAGUUAAUAGUUGAUGGUGAACAACCUCACGUGUGACGUUGCUUGUUUGACAAAAGCCAAUAAAAGGUAGUAACCACAAAGUUUCCAAAUAAAAUCAACAUAACAACACCGCGUGGUAGUGAUAGUGUCUGGUGAUUUUAAUGCUCAAGUAGGUAAACUA